AUGUCUUUGCAAUAUUUGGAAGAGUUUGAGAUUCGUCCAGAAAGCACUGAUCAGGAUGCAGCCAUUUGGCAAGUCGCAUGGACUCAGCACGGAGUCGUCGCUGCACGUGCAUCAGGCACCGUCGAUGUGAUUGACAUGAAAAGUAUGCUUGUGAAGACGUCGAUCAAGAAUGAGCAUAAACUAGGCAUCGUUGCACUUACUCGAAGCUCGAAUGACGAGUUGCUGCUUACGAGCAGCAUGGAUGGAGUCGUGACGCUGUGGCAAUGGUGUGACGCACGGCUAACAAAAGUGGCACAGCGUGCGUCUCUUAGGGGAGAAACGUUUGACAACGAUGCCGUAUUUCAAAUUGAUGUAUGGGCAAGCGCUUUGCAUCCACAAAGCAUGUUAUUUGCUGCUGGUGGUGAGAACGGGAAUGUGGCUGUGUUUUCUGCAGAAGCCGACUCUUUUGGCAAAGGUAUCAGACAUCUGGUGCACGAUGCGCCUGAGUCUGAUUUUUGUUUGUCUUUAGCGUUUACCAUACUGAGCCCAUACGCGCUCUUCUAUUUGCACGAUCAAGUGUGA